AGGGUCAGUCUCAGUUGCUCAACGAAGAUAUUAUUCGCCAAAUUAAAGAAGUUCAUGAUGCAGUCAUAAUAAGUAAACCUGAAACAGUUUCUUUAUCGUCCUUUAAUACAACCAACUGGCGUGCAUUUUUCCGCAAAACGGGCAUCAGCAUUGAAUGGCUUGAUAACGAGUUACCAAAUGAAGCUACGGAUAUUGAAACAUAUACUUGGAGCUAUCCCGAAAAUCAUGAAACACAGCGGCAGAAUUACAUAUCAUAUCUGCAAAAACAUCUUCACCCACUCCCACGGAUCUUCAAUUUGUCUGGUGGUACAGAUAUACCUGGAAUAUCUUUUUGGCUUAAUGAGAAAAAGAUUAUGGGAAUUGAAUUCACACAUCGAAAAUCAGCAAUGCAAUUUAUCCAUUCAAUGGUCUUGGAAAACGAGUGGACCACUGGAAAAAGAUACUUACCUUUGUUGGAGCACAGAACAGUAAAAAGGAUGAAAUUUAAUAGCAUGUUGGAAAUUGAAGGUGAAGCAGUACCAGAUGAUAUUGCUAAUAUGGAGGACUUUUAUGAAGAGAUGACAGAGGAGGACAUUCGCAAGCAUAAGAUAGGAAAAGCA